CCCUGCCCCGACACCACGCCCUGGAGCCCUCUCCCGCUUCCUGUGUCUCCAAGGUGACCAUCUCCGUAGCGACACGGUGGGUGGCAGGAACCUGGAGGACCGGGAGAAAAGGCAUCAGGAGCCCGGCGGGGCGGGGGAGGUCGGGCCCAGAGUCCAGCCCCGCCCGAGCUGUCACGUGAGGGUGGCACGCCGGUCAUGUGACCGCAGCCUGCUGCAGAGCGGAGAUGGGGACCCAGCUCCAGCUGGCCCUCCCCUGGGCCCUGACCCUGCUGCUGGCGCUGGGGCUGUGCAGCCCGGAGGCUGGGGCCCACAGAGUCCCCCAGUGUGACUUCCAGGAGGGCUACUUUGAGCAGCUUCUGGACCACUUCAACUUCGAGAGGUUCGGCAACAAGACCUUCCUCCAGCGGUUCCUGGUGUCAGAGAAGUUCUGGAAAAGGGGCGAGGGGCCCAUAUUCUUCUACACGGGCAAUGAGGGCAACGUGUGGUCCUUCGCCAACAACUCGGGGUUCAUCCUGGAGCUGGCGGCACAGCAGGGGGCCCUGGUCGUCUUCGCGGAGCACGUGGGUACCCGCACUGGUGGCAGGGGAGGGCGGGCGAGGGCGGGCGGGGCCCGGGCUCAGCCUCUCGUCGGCCACCUGCAGCGGUACUACGGGAAGUCGCUCCCUUUCGGAGAGCGGUCCACACAGCGCGGGCACACGGAGUUGCUGACCGUGGAACAGGCCCUGGCCGACUUCGCGAGGCUGCUCAGUGGGCUGCGGCGGGACCUUGGGGCCCAGGACACGCCCGCCAUCGUGUUCGGUGGCAGCUACGGGGGGAUGCUCAGCGCCUACAUGAGGAUCAAGUACCCGCACCUCGUGGCUGGGGCGCUGGCAGCAAGUGCGCCCGUUGUGGCUGUGGCCGGCCUCGGUGACUCCUACCAGUUCUUCCGGGAUGUCUCGGCGGACUUUGAAGGCCAGAGUCCCAAGUGUGCCCAGGGCGUGCGGGACGCAUUCCGGCAGAUCAAGGACUUGUUCGUACAGGGAGCUUAUGACACGGUCAGCCAGGAGUUCGGCACCUGCCAGCCCCUCUCCAGCCAGAAGGACCUGACCCAGCUCUUCGGGUUUGCCCGCAACGCCUUCACGGUGCUGGCCAUGAUGGACUACCCGUACCCCACCGACUUCAUAGGGCACCUUCCUGCCAACCCGGUCAAGGUUGGCUGUGACCGGCUCCUGAGCGAGACCCGGAGGAUCAAGGGGCUCCGAGCGCUGGCUGGGCUGGUGUACAACUCCUCGGGCACGGAGCCCUGCUAUGACAUCUACCGACAGUACCAGGCCUGCGCGGACCCCACGGGCUGCGGCUCGGGCCCUGACGCCAAGGCCUGGGAUUACCAGGCCUGCACCGAGAUCAACCUGACGUUUUCCAGCAACAACGUGACCGACCUCUUCCCCGACCUGCCGUUCACGGAGGGCCUCCGCCAGCAGUACUGCCUGGACACGUGGGGCGUGUGGCCCCGGAGGGACUGGCUGCGGAUCAGCUUCGGGGCGGGAGACCUCAAAGCUGCCAGCAACAUCAUCUUCUCCAACGGUGACCUGGACCCCUGGGCAGGGGGCGGGAUACAGAGAAACCUCAGCACCUCCGUCCUUGCUGUCACCAUCCGGGGGGGAGCCCACCACCUAGACCUCAGAGCGUCUCACCCACGAGACCCCACGUCUGUCCGGGAGGCUCGCAGGCUCGAGGCCAGGCUCAUCGGCGAGUGGGUGGCCGCAGCCAGAAGAGAACAGCGGCUGCAGCUGGCCCAACGUGGGGGACUCGGGGGGGGCUGAGGAGCGCUCCCCGACUUGGGACCGGACAGGCCCACUGGGGAGCAGCUCAGGGCACUGGGGGUGAGGGGCUAAGGCCAAGGGAGGGGCCAAAGAAGCAUCUGGUGGCCUGGCUGUGCACAGCACAGCGCAAAGCAUGGUGUCUGUGGUCCUCAUGGGGUGACAGACCGGGCACACUGCCACACCUCUCAAACCAGCCUCGUGUUUAAUAAAACAAAGCCCUCAA